GACUGGGUAGUGCGCCACCAGACCGGAGUCCAUGUCCAUCCAGAAUGAGUGCUUUGGAGCAGUCAAUUCAAAAAUACACGGAGGGACCAACAAAAAGUGUAAUAAGACCUGAACUAGGAUUGAGUUUUGAUUCGUUGGGCGAAGCAUACGACUUCUACAAUCUGUAUUCGUGGGAAUUGGCUUUGGUAUUAGAUAUGGCAAGAGCCGGUUGUAUGCAGACAAAACUAAAUGGAUGCAGGAGAUCGUCUAUGCUUGUUCGGGAAAGCCAGAGACGGAGAAUAGCAGGUCGUGCAUGUGCGAGUGUCCAGCCUUGAUUAGGUUGCUACACGCUUCGGAUAACAGUUGGUACGUGAAAGCCACAACCACUCCAUGUUACUGACGAUGGUCGAGAAGAUGCACUGGCCCUCACACAAGCAUAUUGAUGUGUACACUAAGGAUUUGAUAUAGCAGCUGAUGGAGAAUAAUGUGAAUCUUGGUAAGGUGUACAGCAUAAUUGGCAGCUUUUUCUGAUCAGUCGAGAAAGUGCCAUUUACAAAAGGACUGUAAGGAACAUUUACAGGGAGAUAAGCCGUAAGCAGGCAGAGGAUGAUGUCCGGAAGACUUUGGAGGUGUUUGCGGACAUUAUUAAUGGUGAUCCCGGUUUUACAUACAAAGUUCUGGCAAAAAAAGUAGCAAAGUGAAAACUGAAAAACCUCAUGUGGACAAAUGGGAGCAGCACAAUGCAGUACAAGUUCUUUGGAGAAGUCGUAACUUUUGACACCACUUACAGGACAAACCUCUACGACAUGCCUUUUGGACUUUUUUUGUUGGGGUGAACAAUCAUUUUCAGAGUAUAAUUCUUGCUGGUGUCUUGAUGAGGGAUGAAGAAGAAGAGAGUUUGGAAUGGGUGUUCUCGGAGUUCAUGCGGAUGAUGGGAGGACCUGCUCCAAGGACUAUUCUGACAGACCAAAACCGAGCCAUGGAAUUGGCCAUAAAGAAGAUUUACCCAAGCACCGUGCACAGGUGGUGCAAAUGGCAUGUCCUGAAGAAAGCAAAAGAGACGUUAGGGCCGUUGUAUACGGAGAAAUCUGAUUUUCAGGAUGAGUUCCACAAGGUUGUGAAACACAUGUUAACCAUAGAUGAGUUCGAGGCAGCAUGGGGUAUUUUGUUAGAUAAAUACAAUUUGAGGAAACAUACAUACAUGACACAGUUGUAUGAGAUUAGAGAAAAGUGGGCGAAGCUGUACUUCAAGGGGGUUUUCUGCGCCAAGAUGACGAGCACUCAACGCAGCGAAAGUGUGAAUCACAUGCUGAAGACCUACAUGCCACCAUUGAGUCCAAUGCGCAUUUUUGUGAGGCAGUACAUGAGGCUGCAGUUUGAUCGAGAGCGAGAGGAGAGCUAUGAGGAGCAGAGGACAAUGAUAGGUGGAGCAGUGAGGACUAAUUUGGCGAUACAGCAGCAUGCAAGUAGGAUAUACACAAGAGCGAUGUUCGAAGAGUUCGGGCGCCUACUAAUCGAAACUACUGCCUAUAAUGUCACCGAAAUAGAGAAGAUGAGGAAAUAUCUUACAGUCCACAACAAUGCAGCCAAGAGAGAAAAAUGGAGCAGGGUUGAGUAUAAAGUGAACAUAAAUGAUGACCAAUCAGAGUUUACAUGUGAAUGUGGUCAGUUUGAGCACACUGGGAUGUUGUGCAGCCAUGUUCGGAGGGUGAAGGAAAUACUUCAUCUCGAAGAGAUCCCUGCUAAGCAUAUAGUGAAGCGGUGGACAAAGGACGCGAGGGACAUAUACUGCCGCAACACCUGGUUCAGUAUCAGAGAGACAACUCAGUUAACAUGUCCUUUACCUGUAGGCUCUCGAAGCUGUACCUGAAAGCCAUGGAGGUGGCGAGGAUGGGUGAUGCGAGUGCGGCAGCGUACGAUCACAUAUAUGAAGGUCUAGACGCCCUGCUGGUGAGUGGUGCACCUUUUGCCAAGAAGAGGGGCGGCUUGGGUUUCGAGGACCGAAUGGCUGGCUUAACUCCUGGUACAUUGCCUGGCAAUGGUGAGAUAGCAUAUGUGGGUGGCGAUGGUGCUGAAAAAUGCGUUAGUGCUGGAAACUUUGUUAGUGUGAAUGGUCCACACGGUUUAACAGCACCAGAUAAGCAGAGGGGAGUUGGAAGACCAACAAAUAGUAGAAAAAAGGCACCGUAUGAGGGGCUCAGUAGACGAACCAGAUUCUGCAGUAUAUGCAGACAUGAAAUGCACAAACGAACUACAUGCCCUGAGAGAGGGAUGCAAGAAUUGUGGUAUGGAAGGGCACCAGCCGACCACAUGCACAAGGCUUUUGGUUGUUGCUGAGAAAUGAGGACUGAAAAUUAUGUAAUCUGUAUUGAACUAGUUCGGAGUGUUUUCUGGUGUGUUUAUGAGAGU